AAAGUUCCGUUAAAUAAUCAGAAAGUCUAUUUGCUUGAAGCACGUUGGAAAUUUAUAGAUUGUCACUCUGAAGAAUGUUKCUUUUAAUACAAGCUUCAAUGGUUAUACAGUUUAUGAUUCUACGCUCACAUUUCGUACAUUCAAAGGAAAUUCGCCUGGGCGCGCUGAUUCCGUGGACAGGAACGUGGCCUGGUGGUCCUCGAAUGGCUUCWGCAAUCAUWAUUGCCAUYGACGAAGUUAAAAAGAGGAACAUAUUACCUGAUUACAAUAUAACUUACUUAUGGAAAGACACGCAAUGCCAGGCAGGACCUACGCUGAAUGCRGUAGCGGACUUAUGGAGUAMAAAACCGCGCGUCGAUGCGUAUAUAGGCAGUGCUUGUUCGAUCGGUUGUGUUCCCGGCGCUCACUUAGCCGCACAUUGGAACAUYCCKAUCUGUUCCUACGGCUGUAACGAUGAUACACUUUCCAACAAGAAAACAUACCCGACGUUUGCAAGGACUGUAAGCUCCAUUAGUAAAGCUACAGGAGUUAUUUUAUURCGCWUWAUGCAGCUUUAUAAAUGGGACAGAGUUGCAAUGCUCGCUACGACGGAGACUAUGUACGCACAGGUCGCAACGGGUGCAAGAGAAGUGAUCGAAAAGSAAGGCAAAAAUGGACAAAGUCAAUAUAAAGUAUCGUACUUUCAGAGCUUUACUCCGUCUGUUAUGACUGAUAGUCGAUAUAAAAUGAUGCUGAAGGCAGCACGGGAGAAAGCGCACGYAUUCUUUAUCUCGUGCUACGACGAUUGUGUGCGAUCCGCAAUGCUCAAUGCUUAUGACUUGRRGAUGAUUUCUUCAAAAUACGCUUUCUUUUCCGCCGUGACAUUACCGGAGAGUUGCMGUAGUAAAGACAAAGCCGGGCAGCAUCGUGAUGACGACGCGUGCCGGGCUUUUGAAGGUCUCAAAAUUAUCCAUAUGGAUGUUCCAAAUACCGAAGAGUACCGGGCUUUCAAAGACGAUGUUAGACGCCGAAUGCCCGAGUUUGAAAGUUUUGGACAUCAGAUGAAACCCAGUGAUGAGGUUGAGGUUUUCGCAGGCUUUCUACACGACUGUGUGUUGCUUUACGCGUUAGCGGCGAACGCAACGCUUAUGAAAGGAGGAAGUCUCGAUAACGGACGAGAAAUAGUCCAAAAUAUGAUAAACACGUCGUUUCAUGGUGUAUCAGGMGAAGUUCACAUCGACCACAAUGCCGAUCGCUACACUUCAUUACARCUGCAGAGUGUCCAAGAUGGUAAGAUUGUCAUCUCAGCUUACUACCAUAGCAUGACGGGAACGUUUGGGAUAACCAAUGCUUCCAUUCUCUGGCCUGGUGGUAGCACUGUWCCUCCUUUAGGCAGACCGAAGUGCGGAUUUGAUAACGAGUACUGUCCUGAACCAGUUAAACCAGAUUACAUAUCUAUUGCUGUUUAUUCCUGUAUGGCUGUCUUCUUCGUGUUACUUGCAGUGCUUACAUUUCUUUUUUACUACAGGAGAAAGAAAUUCGAGGUCGCCCUGAAAAGUGAGAUGUGGAGAGUUAGUUCUCAUGACAUCAAUUUUACGAAGAAACUGAUUGGUGAAGGGAAAAGUCGGCGUAGUAUGGUCAGCAGUGUUGAUGACCUUGGCAGCGCGCACUCACAGACGUGGCAUUCAAAGGACGACUACAGCACCUCUGGACAGAUGUUUGCAAACGUUGCCAUCUACAAAUCAAGCCUUGCUGCAGUGAAGAAACUACGUAAAAGUUAUGUGACAAUCGACAGGACGCUAUUACUGGAAUUAAAACAGGCAAUCGACGCUCARCACCCAAAYAUCAAUCGCUUCAUUGGCGCAUGCGUAGAGCCUKGUAAUAUUUKGGUCUUGACAGAAUACUGUAAGAAAGGAAGUCUGCAAGAUGUGUUGAAUAACGAAGAAAUUAAGYUGGAUUGGAUGUUUCAAAUAUCAUUCGCAUCAGACAUUGCUCGAGGAAUGAACUACUUGCAUAAAGGACCUAUUGGUAUCCACGGCCGUCUCAAGUCCUCAAACUGUAUGAUAGAUAGCCGCUGGGUAUGCAAAGUCAGUGAUUUCGGGCUCACCAAGUUCUGUGAGGGUCAGACGCCUGACGAUGAUCUUGGUGUUGACGCUCAAUAUAACAGUACAACUGUGGCAGAGAAGUUAAAGAUCGGUGAGCCGGUUACCGCAGAGACCUUUGAAUCUGUCACUAUAUUCUUCAGCGAUAUUGUUGCAUUUACUCAGCUAGCGUCAGAAAGCACACCUCURGAGGUGGUGAAUUUACUCAACGAUCUCUAUACGUGCUUUGAUGAGAUUAUCGAUUCUCACGACGUUUAUAAGGUAGAGACUAUAGGUGACUCCUACAUGGUAGUGUCAGGGAUCCCAACACGUAAUGGCAUCCAACACGCAGGCGAGAUAGCCAACAUGUCUCUUGAUCUUCUUAGUGACAUGACAUACUUUAUAAUAAGACACAAACCGAACCAACAGCUCCAGCUUAGAAUAGGAAUCCAUUCAGGUCACUGCGUUGCCGGCGUCGUUGGCCUUAAGAUGCCUCGUUACUGUCUGUUCGGUGAUACKGUGAACACUGCUUCUCGUAUGGAAUCUAGUGGACUUGCGCUAAGGAUCCACGUGAGUCCUGACUGUAAAAAUCUUCUGGAUCAGUUAGGAGGUUAUCACUUAGUAGAACGAGGUCUGAUACCAAUGAAGGGAAAAGGCGAAAUACAAACAUACUUCUUAAAUGGCAGAGAAGGAUUCAUGAAAGCUUUACCCGAAUUGUCUAAAGCUGCGCCUUUGGAAGAUCAYGCCUUCAAAUAACUUGCUUGGUCAAGAUUGAUUAUCGGUUCCUUAAUACUGUACCACUAAAAAUUUAUAGAAAAUAUGCACAUUUUUAAUGGACACACGACGUUUUACGCAAUAAUAAAAUACAAAUAAAAUACAGA